CUUCACUUGCCUUUUACGUGAAUGUAAUUGUAGGGGUGCAGAUCUUGCUCUCAACGUUCAACCGUCAUGGCACGAAACAUGAAUAUAUCUUUCCUGGGCACCUCCAGCGGUGGUGGCCCUUCAAUUUCUCGCAACUGUUCAAGUCUUGUCGCAGACGUCAUCGGCGACGGCUCGCUAUGGAUGGUCGACUGUGCAGAAGGGACAGUGCGGCAAUUUCAGAUGCAACAUCGCGGCCAGGGAGACCCAGUCCUUAAAGCGUUCAAAGUGACCAAGCUAUUUGUCACCCAUAUGCAUGCCGACCAUGUAAUGGGAAUAAUCACUUUCCUUAGACAUGUCCUCCACCCGCCACUGAUAGCUCCCUCUGGCGACCUCCCGCCCUCAGAUGGUCCCCCCCAUAUCGAGCUUUACGGUCCCGCUGGCCUUCGUACAUUUGUUCGCUCAAUUUUCGCUAUGACCCUCACACACACAGGCGAGCGCUACGUAGUCCACGAACUGUUGACACCCUCCGACACGCCCACUUCAUGUGAUCCUGCCGUGCUUCAUCCGAGCGAGUGCCCUGGUCAAAAUUUCCUUUGUGAUAGCGAUGGCUUCUGGAAAGGUGUCACAAGUGGCACAGGUUACUGGGGUGAGGUUAUAGUUGAUGCAGGACCAAUACUACAUCGGGACCCUUGCAUAGGUUAUGUCUUCCAUGAGCCCAACCCCCCGCAUCGCAAACUUGUCAUUUUGGGUGAUACAUACGAUGCAUCACCGAUUAUUCCGCUUAUACAGCCAUCGACAACUAUGCCCGUGUCACUCCUCAUUCACGAAGCCACAGAUACGUACAUCUCUCGACAGAUUGACCCUUCAGCACGACGGACCAAAGACGAAGUGGAUAGCAAGGUCGUGGCAAGGGGUCACUCCACCCCGGUAAUGGCGGGCACAUUUGCGAAACAAAUUGGAGCUCAGAAAGUCGUGUUGAAUCAUAUUGGUAGCCGAUUUCCAGCCCCUAAACAACUCAAAAAUUCGCAAGACGCCCGUUUUGCUGUCAUCGCUGAAAUUGAACGGCAAGCGAGCGAGGCUUGGGGAGGUGGUGAAGCUGUCGUCGCAUACGACUUCAUGUGUGUCUCUAUUCAUGCUGAUCUGAACGAAGAAGGAUUUUCUGGUGUGGCUAUGGAGUUGGAGGAGGAAGUAGUAUUGGAAGGAGUGAUCGAGGUGGGUGACAUGACGAGAGGAAGAGGGCGUGGGAGAGGAAGAGGAAGAGGGAUGUCCAGGGGCACGAUUCGAGGAAGGUGGAGAGGUCAAUGGAGAGGACGAGGCAGAGGUGGCAGUGACGGAGAUAGAGGCGGCUUCGGAAGAGGUGGCGGUGGUGGUGAUGACGGUUUCGGCAGAAGCAACAAACGCAAGUUUGGAGAAUAGGCUUCCACUUCUCGCCUCCCACACGUUUGGUGAUAUUUUGAAGUGACACGCCAUACCGUGGUCGAAGUAAUCUAAGUCAUAUGCAUGAGUUGCUUGCUGCGUUGCCGUUGGUUUCCUUGAUUCAUCCGGGGGGAGCAAUGUUGCAGGUUUCACCAUCAUGAAGUAGAACC